CUGUUCUCGGUUUGGCGAGGAAGGAACUGCAUCCGGGGUGCGGCUUCUCCUAUUGUCUGGGUUACGGAGCUGGCCUAGGGGACGCAGCAGCCUCCUUUGCAGCCCAAGCGCGGUGGCGAUGUAAAGGGGAGCGAAGCUCCCUGUCGGGCACAGGCGGCCUUCUCUAUGCCCGGCAGCGGCUGCUCGGCUCCAGUGAUGGAUCGUAGUUCGAAGAGGAGGCAGGUGAAGCCUUUGGCAGCUUCCCUGCUGGAAGCUUUAGAUUAUGACAGUUCAGAUGACAGUGACUUUAAGGUUGGAGAUGCUUCAGAUUCUGAAGGCAGUGGACAUGGCAGUGAAGAUGGAUCAAAGGAUAGCGGAGAAGGGUCCUGUAGUGAAUCAGAAGAAAAUAUCUUGGAGGAAGAGCCUGCAGAAGAAGAGGAAAAAACAGAAGAACAACCUAAAAGCUCAGGUGGUGAAGAAUUGCCAGGAACAGAGAAAGAGGUGAUUAAAACUGAGAAAACAGAGGAGGAGGAGGAGGAGGAGGAGGAGGAGGAAGAGGAAGGAGAAGAGAAGUCAAGAAAGAAAAAAGAGAAGGAAAAAGAAAGAGAAAAACCUUCUGAAGCAGAUGCUGACAUUGAUGAGCAGACAAAUGAACCCAAAAAGUGGAAUUUGCGGAGAAACCGCCCUCUCCUAGAUUUUGUAUCCAUGGAGGAGCUAAAUGAUAUAGAUGAUUAUGACAGUGAAGAUGACAAUGACUGGCGUCCAACUGCUGGGAAGAAGAAGGGGAAAAACACGUUACGGAGAGAAGGAAGUGAUGGAGAUAAUGAAGAAGAUGAAGAUGAUGGGAGUGGAAGUGAUGAGGAUGACAAUGAAGAGGAAGGCAAUGAUGAUGAUGAUGAUAACAGCAGUGUUGCUAGUGAUGUUGGAUCCAAGAAGAAAAAAGCCAAAGCUCUUAGCAGAAAUAGUGCUGAUGAUGAGGAGCUGACAAAUGAUAGCCUGGCCCUUUCACAAAGCAAGAGCAAUGAGCACAAUCCUUUGCAUGCCAGCUCAGAAGUAAGACCCAUUGAGUUCAAUGAGGCUUACUGCCAGGAUUCACUGAUUCUUGAGAAAUCUCAAAGCUGGAGCUCUCAGAAAAUGGACCAUAUUAUGAUUUGCUGUGUUUGUCUUGGAGAUAACAGUGAAGAUGCUGAUGAAAUAAUCCAGUGCGACAAUUGUGGAAUAACAGUGCAUGAAGGUUGUUACGGUGUUGAUGGUGAAAGUGAUUCUAUUAUGAGUUCCGCUUCAGAAAACUCAACUGAACCAUGGUUCUGUGAUGCCUGCAAAUGUGGUGUCUCCCCAAGUUGUGAACUUUGCCCCAACCAAGAUGGAAUCUUUAAGGAGACAGAUGCUGGCAGAUGGGUACACAUCGUUUGUGCGCUUUAUGUUCCAGGAGUAGCAUUUGGAGAUAUUGACAAAUUGCGACCAGUAACCCUUACAGAAAUGAACUAUUCCAAAUAUGGUGCUAAGGAAUGCAGUUUCUGUGAAGAUCCUCGAUUUGCCAGAACUGGUGUUUGUAUCAGUUGUGAUGCUGGGAUGUGCCGGGCCUAUUUCCAUGUAACCUGUGCACAGAAGGAAGGCCUUUUGUCAGAAGCAGCAGCAGAGGAGGAUAUUGCAGAUCCUUUUUUUGCUUACUGUAAGCAACAUGCAGACAGAAUGGAUAGAAAAUGGAAGCGCAAGAACUAUUUGGCUUUACAGUCAUAUUGCAAAAUGUCUUUGCAAGAGAGAGAGAAACAACUCUCACCAGAAGCUCAGGCCCGGAUUAAUGCCAGACUGCAACAAUAUCGUGCUAAAGCAGAACUAGCGCGUACCACAAGACCUCAAGCAUGGGUACCAAGAGAGAAACUGCCACGGCCUCUUACUAGCAGUGCUUCAGCAAUACGUAAGCUGAUGCGUAAAGCAGAAUUAAUGGGAAUUAGCACGGACAUCUUUCCAGUGGAUACUUCAGAUACCAGUUCCAGUGUGGAUGGAAGACGAAAACACAAACAGCCUGCACUGACUGCAGAUUUUGUGAAUUAUUACCUUGAGAGAAAUAUGCGCAUGAUCCAGAUCCAGGAGAAUAUGGCUGAACAAAAGAAAAUUAAGGAUAAGCUGGAAAAUGAACAAGAAAAGCUUCAUGUGGAAUAUAACAAGUUAUGUGAAUCUUUAGAAGAACUUCAAAAUAUGAAUGCAAAGCUAAGAAAUGAAGGGCAAGGAAUAUGGGCUGUGCUAGGCAGAGUAAUUGGGCAGAAAUUGACUAUACCAGCAAUUUUGAGAGCUCCCAAGGAGAGAAAGCCAAGUAAAAAAGAAGGUGGAACCCAGAAGACUACAACCCUUCCAGCAGUCCUUUAUAGUUGUGGGAUUUGCAAGAAGAACCAUGAUCAGCACCUCCUUUUACUCUGUGACACUUGUAAACUCCAUUAUCAUCUUGGAUGUCUGGACCCUCCACUUUCAAGGAUGCCAAGGAAGACUAAAAACAGUUAUUGGCAGUGCUCAGAGUGUGACCAAGCAGGUAGCAGUGACAUGGAAACUGACAUUGCCAUGGAAACUUUACCAGAUGGAACUAAACGAUCAAGAAGACAGAUUAAGGAGCCAGUGAAAUUUGUUCCGCAGGAUGUACCCCCAGAACCAAAGAAGAUUCCUCUCAGAAAUACGAGAACUAGAGGACGAAAACGAAGCUAUCUUCCUGAGGAAGAAAAACCUGAGGAACGUAUUCCAAGAGAAAGAAGACAAAGACAGAGUGUAGUACAAAAGAAACCCAAGUCUGAGGAUUUAAGAACUGAAUGUGCCACAUGUAAGGGAACUGGAGACAAUGAAAACCUAGUCAGGUGUGAUGAAUGUCGGCUCUGCUAUCAUUUUGGUUGUUUGGACCCUCCCUUGAAAAAGUCUCCCAAACAGACGGGCUAUGGGUGGAUUUGCCAAGAGUGUGAUUCUACGUCUUCCAAACUUUCUUCACUGUCCAACUUUCACACCUGUACAUAGUGAUCAGGAAUACAGUAGUGUGGAUGAUCUUGGCCUUGAAGUGGAGGGAUGGGGAAAAAACAAAAGACUUCCUUCAACUUGACGGUGCCCUUGUUUGCCCCAAUAUAAGACAGCACCAAAGAAGUCUGCACUCCUGGCUGCCCUUCUUAAUUCUGCCUGCUGCCCACCAAUACUAUGGUUGACUGUUCAUGGAGCAAAGCAUCCCUGCAGGCCAUGAGGUCAAAACAUCAGUCUUACAUUUGGGCAUAAAUUACCCCCAUCUCUUUGGUGGACACUAAGGAAUAGCCUACAAGGAAAGGGAAAAUUGUGCUUCUGGGAUUACAAAUGCAUGAAGGCAAAUGAAAAUGUUAUUUUCAGUUUGUUGUAGAUGUUAGAAAAGCAAAUAUAAAGAACGUUAUAUUUCUGAGUACUCACAAGUGCAAUUUGCAUAUGACAUAUUAUUAUACUACAUUAGUAGGACACAUGUAAUGGGCCCUCAGUUAUGAAUUGACAAAGUUUAAAUAUUAUGUGAACUGACCUUUUAAAAUAUUUAUUUUUUAAAAAAUCUCAUUUAUUCUUUGAUUAUUGGUAAUAGAAGAACUUAGAAAUUCUUGAGUUGCUGGAUUUUUUCCCAUUAUACUUUAAGUCUAACAACUAAAUGGGCAGAAAACUAAGAUAGGGAAACCUUUUUAAAGUGCACCAAAUUUCUAGUUUCUCAAAACUAUGCAAGUAUGCAGUGACCUCACACUACACAUUUUAUAUAAUAGUUUUUUUUUUUAAAGAAGAAUUUUGUUGUGGAUUUUUACAGUCAAAUGUUUUAAUUUCAGUUUUAUCAUGUUUAUUUGCUUAUUUAGUUUUCAUACCAAAGGUUAACUUUGCAUAUCCUAACUUGCACUUGCAUAAAGGGGCCAUAUUCUUCUUAGCCUGAGAGGAAGAGAAACCAAAACCUUGUAGAAGUAAGGUCUCCAUGGAUUGGCUAUGUGUACGAAACAGCUCCCUAGCUAAGGAGAGCUAAAUUGUUCCAAGAGCUAAAAUGUUCCAAGAAACGAUGACAUAUUGGUUCCAAGUACUCACCUAAAAUUCCCUGAGGACUAUGUUUUCAUGGACAAUGUAUUCUAAAUAUUUGUGCUGUAAAGUUGUGAAGUCUUUUUAAAAUCUAGUUUAUUAUUUACAAUAUGUAACUUCACAGAAUUUUCAACCUUCCAGGGCUGAAAUUAUUUUCAAGUUUAGAAUGAACAAACUCUGGUAGAAACAUGUUUGUACCAUAACAACAAGUAACAGCACCCAGUUUGAAAUAUAACUUAAAAAUGUAUUUGACCAAUUUUAUUCAUGGCUUAUGAGGCGGUCAACCAACUGGCUAUUUGUGAAGUUCAAAACUGUUUACCUUCUGACAGAAACAGUUGAAGUAUUAACUGCACAGGAAGGAUGUCUGUUAAGCGAGCAAUAUCUAAUGACACCAGAAACAGUUCUUAAGCAGGUCCUUGGGACAUUUAUUGGAGAAAGGCAGCCAUCUCCCUAUCUCCAUCCCCUCACACGGUGGUAAGCCAGCCAUGAGGACUGUCCAGCCUAUACUAGUUCCUGCCAUCUCUGUGCAUCAGUGAAGACCACCUGAGGAUAAAGCAUCCUAGACUGAGGAAUGCUGAAAUCAGGUUGUUGAUUCCUAAAGUUAUAUUGGCAUGUUUGAUGUAAUAAAAAUUUGUCCUGUAUUUUACUGUGAUAUUUUUUAAUUUUAAUGCUACCUUGAAUGCCCUGAAAAAGGUGACCAAGGUUGUACAGAUGAAACUGUAAUAAAAAUUACACUGUUUUUCCUUUU